AUGAGCGGACGGGAGCCGCCCCUCCUCCACGGCCGGCCGGCAGGACCCCGGCGCCCGCCGUCGGCCUUUGUGCCCUUCCCUCCUCCCGCCGGCCUUCCCUCGCUCCGCACACGCGGGCGCGGCCCCUCCGCCCCCGCCGGGCGCCCGCCGCCGCUCCCUCCGGCCCCGCGCCAGCGCCGGGGCGGGCUGGCCCGGGGUGGCGGGAAGGGAGGGAGCCAGCGGCGAGCCCGGCUCUCCCUCUUCACCCGCCCGCCGGCCCUGCGCCCCGUCGGCCGAGAUCCGCACCGAGCCGGCCGGCCCCCGGACGGCGCGCCCCUCACGGCCGGCGCGCACCGGACCAAGCGGGAAGACGAGCCGGCGCCGUACUCCGCCGCCGCCGCGCUCCGAGGCCGCCGCCGCCCCCGGCCGGCCGCUCCCAGGCACCGCCGCGACCUGCCCCGGCCGGCCCCGGGCUCUCGGCCGCCGCGGGAGGGCGUGGGGCGGGGCGGCGGCCGCCGGACUCUCCCCUCGCCUCGCCGGGCCGGGCCGGGGCCGCGCUCGGGCGCCCGCGACCGCCAACCUGGGGCGGGGACGGGGGGUGCUCGCCAACCCCCCCAAUGUGUGUCGGGACCUACAAGCCCUCACCACCACCCCCAACACCUCCCCAAAAACCAGACACACAAAACCCUCCCCGCCUUCUCCAGUCUCCCGAGCGCAGAGCGGGAGCGGCCAGGAACCCGGGCUUCCACUGGGGAAGGGACUAGCGGGAGGGGUGCGACGUGGGACUUCAAGGUAAGGGAGUGUCCUCUCACGCCCGACAGGCUGCUGAACAAUUCGGCGCGGCUAGCGGAACUGAGGAAAGGUGGCGGCGCUUCUCCACACAGCAGGUCGCAGCAGCGCGGGGUCCCGGGCACAACCGCCGCCCGUCCCCGCCCGAUUCCGGGGCUUCUCCCCAGACCCCCGGCGGCUCGCUCCGCCCCGCCGCGCCUCACAACAUCUCCCGCUGCAAAUGGCCCAAUCGGAAGACGCGGCGAGAGAACGCCAGCCAAUCAGGGGCUGCUGACUCAGGCGUCCCUCCACCCUUUGCCCGCCCCCAGGAGGAAAGCCACCGCCCCUCGGGCCCUUCCCACCCCGCCCCCCUCCGGGGAGGUGUCUCACAGCUCCUGUCCUCGCCGGGCUGGAGUGGAGGACCCCGCCGCGGUGGCGGGGUUUGUCACCUAGUCACCCUCAUCCUCGCCUCCUCCCAGACACACCCCUCCUCCCUUUCCCAGUCCUCCUGCUGGUGCUGUUGAGGGUCAUUUUUAUCUUCGUGCCGGCGGGGGACUGCCAGCUAUUGUGUCUGAUCAGCUGCCACCGCCCUCCUAAGGGGAAAAAUAAAAGAACAAA